AUGGUUCCCUCGCCUAACAACUACCCGUGGCUCACGGGCCCUAUACCUAGCAUCGUUGAGCCCAAACCCUCCAAACCCCAGCCCGUCGAGGUCGACUCCAUCCCGAUUGAACCGGAGCCCAUCCGUCCUCAACCCAUCGAACCAGACACCUCCUCCCAACAACCGGAACCUAUCGAAGUCGACGAAGAGUACAUGCGCAAUCCCAAUGCCGCAGAAGAGGACGAGGCCCGUCUUCGUGCAGAACUGCCUCGUUUGCUGGCCAAACGGCCAAGCGCCUAUUUAAGGAGAUUAAAUCCCAGGUUGAAUCCCAAGGUCGAGAAGAUGAUUGCUACGGGGGAUCAGUGCAAUGUUCGCGGUGAAUCAUCGGCAGCGGGACCAGGUGGCCAGCAGCGGCAGCAACAUACGGCUCCGAAUCCGAUUACCGCGUCGUCGGAUAAUUUGGCAGACGAGGCGUUAAGCAACAGCCAUAUCUACCUCACUUAUUUGGAAUCCGAUCCGGAUUGCGCCAUGCCGGAUCCUCUGACUGCUCAAGAGGAUGAAGGUGUCUCCGACAUCUCCUUAGGACGCGGCCUUGAGGUGUCAGAAUGUUGUGCUCAAUCGCCCAAGGAUGAGGAAGAAGACGAAGAUUCGGGUACAGAGAGAGGGGAGAGAUCGGGAUAG